UCCAACCCCACUUUCUAAAUUCAUCUUACAAAUCAUCAUACACUUUAUGACCUAUUUUUAGCUCAUCUCUCCAUAAUUAGUACUCAUUUUCAACUACAUUACACAUUUCCUCAAUAAACAAAAAAAAUAACAUACUUAUUCUUGAGGUGCAUUGUGCUAAUAAUGUCUUCUCCAACUGAUCAGCUUCAAACAUUGUCAAUAUCAACAAAUCUGGAUGCCGAACCACGGAAGGUACUAGGACUGGCUGGAAACCGAGUUGCUAAAGAAGAUGAUGAUCAUUUGAAGAAAAACAACAAGAAGAAAGAUAUAGUGGAAAUAAAGACUAAAAGUAGUGUUAAGUUAACUAAUAGAUUGGCACAACAAGUAGUGGUUGUUAAGAAAAAUGAUGAUGAAUCUGUUGACAGUUUGUGCUCUUCAAAAUCGACGUCUUCCUCUUCUUCUUCUUCAAAUGGUAACAUUUAUGUUAAGAAAGCAAGUUCGAAAAAGAGAGAGAAGAUGGUAGGGGAUGGCUCGUUGGUGGUGAAAGUGUCUAUUCCAUUUAAACGAUGCCAUUGGAUCACCCAAUUCUCAGAUCCACUUCAUGUUUCUUUCCAUGAUGAAGAAUGGGGGGUUCCCGUUCAUGAAGACUAUAAGUUAUUUGAGCUACUUGUUUUGUCACUAGCAUCUGCAGAACUCACUUGGCCAGAAAUUCUUUAUAAAAGAGAUAAAUUCAGAAAGCUUUUUGAAAACUUCGAUCCGUCAACCAUUGCUAAAUUCCCUGAGGACAGGUUAUUUUCGGCCACGCAAAAUGGUAGCCAGUUACUAUCUGAACAAAAGUUGCGUGCCGUUGUGGGGAAUGCUAUUGCGUUUCUUAAGAUUCAGCAAGAGUUUGGUUCCUUCAGCAGCUACUGCUGGCGCUUCUUAAACAACAAGCCUAUAAAAAAUGCAUUUCGCUAUGCGCGUCAAGUACCAGCUAAAACACCAAAGUCAGAACUCAUAAGCAAGGAUUUGAUGAAAAGAGGCUUUUGUUGUGUGGGCCCUAUUGUAAUCUAUUCUUUCAUGCAAAUCUCGGGUAUGGUCAACGAUCAUCUUAUAUCAUGUUUCAGAUACACCGAGUGCAACAGCAUUGUUAAAAGAGAUGUCAAGCCCAUCGCUAAAGAAACAAAACAGAGAAUCGACAUCUUAGAUGAUACUAAUUAAGCUUUCCCACAAGUGAAUUGAUUGCUUAAAAUUUUUUACCAUGGGCUAACAUAGAUUGUCUAACGGUUUGUAAAAAUCUUGUAGCAUUGUGUGCAAAUUUAACAUAAUUAUGAUUAAGAUUGUUUAUAUUAGAGAAAUGGAGUGUAUAUUGUGAUUUUACCUUGUAAUGAUAUUCUUUACAAUAAAUUGUUUUGGUUUGUA